AUGACGGCCGCCGACUCUUGCUCACGAUUCAAUGGCACGAUGUCCGCCGAUUCACUCUACGGUCACUCACGUCGACGCUCAUUGUUUAUUGGACUGCCUCUCUCGCAACUAUGUCAACCCUCCACGAUAAAGAAACGUCCGCCCAACAACGGAGAUGAUGAAGCGAAGAGCAAGAUGACCGUAGUUGAAGUGGAUGACAGUGAGGAAACGCGACGAUUAGAACGGAAGAAGCGAACACAAGAAGAUAUGGUGGCGGAUUUUGUGAAGAUUCUCGAACAAAUGAUGAAGCCACGUCAAGCUAUCACAUCGUUCAUAUCCGCCGCUACUGGUCUGGCCUCCGUGACCACUGGCACCAUAUACGUGUACCGUCUACCUGACGCAGCCGUCAAAGCGAGAGAAAUAUCUAUCGUAUUGAUUAUAUACGGUGUUCUACAAAUCUUAUUAGCCACCGCAUUUUUCGUCACGUGUAUGCAAACAUCAAUCGCGGUCUCGAAAGGAGUGAAGGUUAGUGUUCUAGGAACUGGGCCAACGAGUGAGAAAAGGUGUCGGGAAAGCUCUUCCCAAAUCUUUCAACCAAAACCUUCGAUGAUUUCGAAAGUGGACGUAUUAACUAUGAGUGUUCGUGCUCCAACUUGUGGAUUUCUUGAUUUCGAAUACUGUAGCGAUUCCGCGAGUUUUCUAAAGAGGAUGUGUGGGCGUAAGAAGCCCAAAAGAGCGAUCAAUAGACCUAGUUGUCAUUCCAACUCCUCCUUAGAUAAGAGCAGGGGUCAGACCCAUGCUAAAAGAGCCCAGCCCGUAAAACGAAAAUUUAUGAGAAAUUCUGUUUUUCAAGAAACUUUAUUCUGCUUAUAUCCUAUUUGCUUUAAGGACGCAUUCCAAAUCGUUGUCGGUUUAAUGGUGGCGCUUGUGUAUGUUGCAAUAUCGCUGAUCUCUAUGGUAGUCGGAGUGUAUGGUUUCUAUAAAACGUUGGCGUUAGUGAGUUACGUCGACUACUACGAUACCACCUCUACAGUGUACAGCCCUCAGUUCCUGUUCUACACAUCACUCGUUGUUUUCGUUUUGCACAUAGUUCUAAUCGCCACGAAAUGUUGCUGUUGUAAAUAA